AGAGUAAAAUGUAAUUUUUUAUUCAAAUCAAUUUAUGAAUUAAAAGAAACUUAAUGAGAGAUGUGGAUCAAAGAAUAUAGUUUUCCAUAAGUCCGUCUUCUUCAUGAUGAAAGAAGGAGGAGUGGAGGGAGGAGGACGGAUAAACCUAAGAAGGAUGGACGUGUUCUCCUGGUUCUCUUGGUUUCUGGUUCUACUCCAUGUAUUGGUUCCAGUACAGACGGUUAUACGGUUCCAAGGAGAUGUAAAUAUAGGUGUUCUUGUCGAUCUACAUGAAAAGGGAAGUGAUCAACAAUGCGGUCAAAUUAAUGUGGAGUCGGUUCAGCAAAUGCUGGCAGCAAAGUGGGCCUUGGAGGUUAUUAAUAAUCAGUCAUUACCGCACGAGCUCAGAAUAGGUCUGGGUAUCCAAGAUGCCUGUUCCCAGCCCCUAGAGAAGGAUUUCCUCAUUGAUCUGGUGGAGGGAGGUCCAGGGUUAAACCAUCUUAUCGGGCUGAUUGGAAUAGGUUCUACAGAUGAAGUUGUAUCUGCUGGUUCAGCUCUUAACCCUCUCCAUAUACCUGUUGUAGCUGUAGAUCCUGAUAUAUAUGUACAGGCUGGAGAUAUGAGUCUGAGUAACUUGUUAACUACAGCUCCAGAUCUUGGUGGACAAGCCAGGGCGUUGGCGCAUAUUGGUUAUGAGUUGACCGCAAGAAAGAUUGCUCUAAUUGCUAGUUCCGCUCAAUCAGUUACAAGCUUUUUGGCCGAGUCCACCACACUAGGAAUCAGGGUCCCGGAAAUACUAGAGCUAGUUCCGAAACAGAUCAAUAUAGGUCCAGCAGUUGAAGGAUUUCUACGAAGCAUAUCUCGUCCCAACCCUGUUGUCGCAGUUAUCCUUGAACCUGCUGAUGUGGUCGCUAUAGCUGAACACCUCAUGCAUGUUGACCUACCUAGCAAACCCACCUGGUUAAUAGGAUCUUUAGGAUUAGAACUGCAGAGAUUACAGUCCUGGCGGAAGGUUUUCAGUGGUGGCGGAUUCGUGGAGCCGCACCUCCCAGAGCUCAGAGAGUUCAAGGAUUAUUUUCUGUCCUCCCUGCAGAACCCUGAUCCUGAGCUGAGUGAAGUUCUUGAAGAAUAUAUGGCUGAAUCUACGGGCUGUAUCCCCGGGGUGUCCAGGAAACCUGGUGUAUCUAGUGUAUCCAGGAAACCAGGAAACGUGUACGGUGUGUCCAGAAAAAGUUUCCUGAGUCCUGGAAACGAGGUUGUAUCCUCUGAGAUGAAGGGUGGAAAGGGAGUGUCCUGCUCCGAUAUACCCUUGGCUGAGAUGGAACUCAGAUAUCAGCAGGAUCCCAAGUCAUCCUUUUCCCACUCCAUCCCUCUUCACGGUGUUUCCCGAAAAAGUUUCCUGAGUCCUGGAAACGAGGUUGUAUCCUCUGAGAUGAAGGGUGGAAAGGGAGUGUCCUGCUCCGAUAUACCCUUGGCUGAGAUGGAACUCAGAUAUCAGCAGGAUCCCAAGACAAGAAUAGAUUAA